GGAAUUCUUCGUGGACGUCGGAGAAACGUGAGUGAGUGAGCUCGGGACGAGAAGCCGGAGGCAGAGCUUUAUAAUCUGGCAAGCGCAGCCCAAACCAUCGCCAAGCCAUCGUCUGUUGCAGCAGCUGCAGCCGCUCGCAGCAUCGGCGCUCCAAUUUCAGUCUCUCGCAGCUGCAGCUGCAUCCUGUCAGCCCAAAAAUUUCAUCUCUCUUCUAAGACCGACAUUUCUCCGACACAGUCUGUGAGGCGUCGAGAGUGCCUUCCACAGCAUCCGCAAGUGUCUCCGAGCUGUCAGUCGAUUUGCAAUUUGCGUUUUUGUUGUCGUCCCUUUCUUUUCAAACUAAGCUCUCCUUUCUUUCAUUCAUUCAUUCUUUCGUUUCUGACCAUGGCUGCUUACAAACACGAGAGGGCCACCGGCCCGGCCACAGUUCUAGCUAUCGGGAGAGCCACUCCUCCAACAGCGUACCCGCAGAGCGAGUAUCCGGAUUUCUUCUUCAACAUCACCAACAGCAACGAGAAAACUGCUCUGAAAGCCAAAUUCGCCCGCAUUUGCCAGAAUUCCGGCAUCAAGCAGCGGUACUUCCACUGCACGGAGGAGAUCCUGAAGGCGAAUCCGGCGAUGUGCACGUACAAGGACGCGUCGCUGGACGUCCGGCAGGACAUCGCCAUCCGGGAGGUGCCGAGGCUGGCGGAGAAGGCGGCCGUCCGGGCGCUGGAGGAGUGGGGGCGGCCCAGGAGCGAGAUCAGCCACGUCGUCUUCGCCACCACCAGCGGCGUCAACAUGCCCGGGGCCGACCUCACGCUUACGCGGUUGCUGGGCCUGAACCCGAGCGUGAACCGCACCAUGCUCUACCAACAGGGUUGCUUCGGGGGCGCCACGGUGCUCCGGGUUGCCAAGGACCUGGCCGAGAACAACAAGGGCGCGCGCGUGCUCGCCGUGGUCAGCGAGCUCACGUGCGUCACCUUUCGCGCGCCCAGCGAGGAGCACCUCGACAACCUCGUCGGCUCGGCCAUCUUCGGCGACGGCGCCGCCGUGCUCAUCGUCGGGUCCGACCCGGCGCCGGAGGUCGAGAUCCCGCAGUUCGAGAUCCACUGGUCCGGCGAGACCAUCCUGCCGGAGAGCGACGGCGCCAUCGAGGGCCGCCUGACGGAGGCCGGGCUGAUGUUCCACCUGCUGAAGGACGUGCCCGGGCUCAUCUCCCGCAACACGCUGCCCAUCUUCGAGCGGGCCGCGGCCGUCGCGGGGUCGCCCGGGUGGAACGACCUGUUCUGGUGCGUGCACCCGGGCGGCCGCGCCAUCCUGGACGAGGUCGAGAAGGCGCUGCGCCUCAAGCCGGAAAAGCUUCAGGCCACUCGCGAGGUGCUCCACGACUUCGGCAACAUGUCCGGCGCCAGCGUGCUCUUCGUGCUCGACCAGAUGCGCCGGCGCUCCGCUGCCGCGAACGCCGCCACGUCCGGCGAGGGCCACGACUGGGGCCUCGUGGUCGCCUUCGGUCCCGGCCUGACCGUCGAAGUGUCCGUCCUCAAGGCCGUCCCCGCGAGCUCCGCCUGAUCCAUUCCCCCGACUUUAACCACGUACAUCUCCGUCUGCACGGACACAGUCGGACUCUGACACGCCAGAACUGUCGGACUGCGUAGUCGGUCGCUUCUUCCGUUACCACAUUCCCGCGAGAAGCUCGAGGAGCUCGUUAGCAACAAAUUGUGUGAUGCCAGGAACGUGCAAAUCGAUUUUAGGUGUGAAUUUUAGCCGCCGCUGGGUAUAGGACGUCACAUUCAUCCCUCAUAAUUGGAAAGGAAGCUCAGAUUAGUCACGACUUUCGUAGACAACAUUCGGAAGGAGCCAUUAUUGCCAAAGUCCUCAAGGUUCGGUUGCACAUGCUGGUGCUUAGAAGAAAAUUCUGCACAGAUUUGUUUUUCCUAUUUAUGUCAUAAAUUCCAUCAUCGUGGCCGAGAUUGGCCGG